AAUUGCAUAACAGGUUGGCAGAUUUGAGUUUUGUUACUCGUCGACUGGUGGCGCGUAAACGACGUCUUUCCCCAAAACCCCCGAAUUAAUUCACGUUUGGGUGCAAGUCGCCAUUUGUUUUUGUUUUUUUGCAUCUGGAUCCCGCAGAGUUGGCACACCACGACUCCAACUGGAAGCUUCUCUCAGCUGCACCAGAAAACCCCCUUACAGCUCCCUCACCAGGUCUCCCCGGGAUCCGUGUUUUGCACCGCUCUUCAAUUUGCAUUUCUUACUCGGAUUCUCCGUGCGACGGGAUCAGCCACUCGAAACCAGCGGGCGCUCCACGGCUCUAUUGUUCGUACGCGUCCAUUUCCAAAGCAAUACGCGCAGAAAAGGAACAGAAAAAAAGCACUGGAAAUUUUGAAUAAUGUUAGCGGAGAUCCAUGCGGGAGAACACUGAGCACCUUUCGCUUUACCGUUAUUUCAGUUGCGUACCUACGGAGACGGACACGUGUCUUCGGGGUAAACAGAAAGGGCUAGAUCGUGUCAGUAGAUUACCUUUGUUUUUCUUCCUCGCUUUUGUUUGUCACAGACGACCAGCUUGGCGACCAGCUAUACAUUUCAGUUUCUGCGCCCUGGUGAUAAAGACGCAUUGGGAGAUGUCGGAAGUGCUGCCUUUCAACGAAGAAAAAAUGAGUCAUUAUGGAAAUGAAGGCGACGAGGGACACCUUUCCUUCACCUGUCGUCUUCAAGACACCAACAACUUCUUCAAUGGAUCACAGAACAAACGUCCGCCGAAACUCGGACAAAUAGGCAGGAGCAAACGGGUUGUUAUUGAGGAUGAGAAUGGCGACAACGAAGCACAGAAAAAUGGAACAGAGAAGACCCCGGCAGAGGCUUAGAGCGCUCGGCUUCAACAACCCCCAAAAGACACUCUUGAAAUUUUGAAUGGUGAUGUUGAGCAGUUUUAAUCCAAAGACACUGUAUAUAAGCACUUUCUCUCAUGUGGCAGCAAGCAGCACUUCCACGCCUUGCUCUCCCAGUCGGUUGUGGCCAUCCAGGUGAGGAGGACUGGCAAGGGUGGGAGAUGGCAUCGAAGGAGACCCCCAGGUGGACCCCCUCUCUCCCUGACAUACACACACACGCACACAGACAAACACCCUCAAUUGCAGGGUUUCGCCAUAAAUCCAACAGCAGUAGAAGACAACAGAGGGUGGGGGGUUGAGGUGGAAGAAGGAUACCACGCCGUUGAAAUGCAGAAAUCAGGGACAUGAUACAGAAAUAAAUAUGAUAUAAAACUAAAGCACACACUUCUCCUAUAUCUUAUCAAUCAAACCUAUGAUAUCAUCAUUUCUGCUCUUUGAUCCAGGGCAACUUGUAAAUAUGGAAAGGGUAGCCCAUAUUUUCUUGCACAAAGUGGAAAACUGGUUUGUCCUGUGUUGAAGACUUUAUUUAUUGAUCCUUUGGAAUAUGUGUUUUGCAGAGACUUAAGGCCAGAGGGGGCGUUCUUUUGUAUGUCGAUAAAACUUGAAAUGAAUGGGAGUGAUUUCUUUUUUUUCUUCACUUAACAAUUCUUGAUGUUGCCUGAGUGUUUUUUGUUACGUAUACUUUGCAGCUAAUGAGUCAUUUAUAUACAGUGUACCUCCCACCUGUUUGUAAGCUUCCCAGGUUUUCACCUGGAUUGGUUAAUUAUGUAACUUGACUGUACACACCCUAUUGAUAAACUAUUUAUAUUGCAUUGUGCAUUAUUGUGCCAAAUCUCAUGAGGAAUAAUACUGUACGAGAAAACUUAUUUUUUUGUGCUUUAUACAUUAAGUCGUACAAUUCAGUUGUUUUAUUGGGUUGCCAUUUUUAGGGCCCUUCUCAAAACACCGAGAUACCAACUCAUGCAUGGCAAAUAUAAAAUCAUGCAUGCACGGCAGACGCUCUGAAACUCUGUAUUCUUGAAGCACCUCGUUUACAGCUUUGAAUGACAAACCUUGAGAAACAGUCUUAAUUCUCCGUAGUACUGUCCCAUUCUCACUGAUUUGUACAGUGGCCUAAUAUCUUGUAAUAAAGAUUAUGAUAAAGUACUA